AGGCUGAGGUGUAUCUAUGCAACAACAGCUUUCGGGCCUAAACGAUCAAAAUAUUGUGUAAGGUUCAGUGCAAUUUUCUGCCAGACAGCUAUUAAAGAUGAGUGGAAGAGACUUUAAAAGCUUUCUGUCAUGCCACCAAUAUCAGAUGGGCCGAGCUGCAGACCCUAAAAUGGUUUCAAGAUGUAUAGCUGGUUCAAAAGUAGGAACAUAUAAAGCAGUUGAUUAUGACAAAAUGAAUGCAUUAUUAAGCAUCAAGAAAAGUAGUGGAAAGUCUUCUUUGAAAAAGCUUGAGAAAAUAACAAAAGCAAAAGAAAAUAAAAGAGAGACUGCUUUGCUGCAACAACAUAAAAAAGUAUGGCAGAAAGAGCAUGUGCAUUUGAAACAUAUGUUGGAAAGAAUAGAAAAUGAAACUGAAAUAUGUAUAUCAAAGUUUAGCAAUUCUGAGUGGACAUUUCUCAAUGAUUUGUAUUUUGAGAUAACUUCAUUAAUAGAAGCAUUAAAAGACAACAGAGCUGACUUCCAGGAGUCAACGGUUCAACCUAUAUUUGAUUUAAGAGAAGAUUUGCAGUAUUGGGUGGAAGAAAACAGAGAAAAGUUGAUUUUAGGAAUUGCAUCAGAUGAUCAUGCCAGAAUUUCAGAUGUUGCAACUUCAGUUAAAAAGCAGCAACAGGAAAUAAUUGAAAAACUUGAAAAAGACAAAGAUCAGUUAGAGAAUGAAUUAGAGGUUGUCAUGUCAGAGCUUGGCAUUGAGCAAGUUGAUUUUAGACUACCACAUGUUUUCUCUGGAAUACCAAAUGAAGCAAUUGAGUAUGAUUGUUUUGAUGAAAACUUGAAGGCCAACUGUUUAUCUGAAUUUAACAAUCUGGAUUAUAAACAUGAGUUGCAUUUCAAGUAUUUGGAAGAAAAAUAUGCAGACGUUAUCAGAAGAGCUCCUUCAGGUAAAUGGUCAGCUAAUGAACACUUGGCAUUUCAACAUAUUCUUGAACAGUAUGCAGAUGAAAAACAUGACAGAAGAAUGCUCUACAUUGAUAGAAUGAUAAGGAAUCUUCCAAACAAAACAAGACAAGAAAUUGUUGAGCAUGAAGACUGGUGGUUUGCCUUCAAAUCAUUCCAAAAUCAAUUCAGAGAUCAAUUACAUGCAUGGCAGCGUGAUAGAACUGAUCUCCUUUUGAAAAUAAAGGCAGUUUUUGCAGAGGCUAACGCUGCAAAUGAAGCAGAGAUGGAAAGGUUUGCUGAUCGUCAGAAGCAAAAGAAAAUAUGCGAAGACUGGCAUCAAAAGGUCCUAGAUUUCCAGCUGAAGAAACAAGAAAUGAUGAGGCUUGAAGCAGCAAUAAAGCUGAAAAAUGAAGAACAAGAAAUAGAAGCCAGGAGGCUAGCUGAAGAGAAGGAAAGAAAUCGGCGGCAGAAAAUAAAAUCAAAGCUUGAAACAUACCAGUCUGAAAAACAAGAUCGACUAAAACAGGAAAAAGAGCGUGAACAAGAGAGACUUAUGGAGCUGCAAGCAGAGCUGGAGGAGCAAAGAAUUAGAGACAAAGAACGGGUCGAGUUUAGGGAAGUUCUGUUACGUGAAAAAGAUGAAAAACGGAAACAGGCAAAGGAAAGGGAAGAAGAGCAAGAGAAAGAAAAAGAAGAAAGGCUUGAAAAACUGAGGAAACAGGUUCGUGUUGAAGCAACUUGCGAUGCAGCCAGGGUGCUAGAGCCGACAGAGGCUUAUCAGGCAAGGCAAGCCGCCAAAUUUGAUGAGGAAAGAGAGCUCCAAGAACCUUUAUUUGUGAUUAAUACUUUCAACACUAACCAGGUUUUGUCAGACAAUAGACUCAAAAUGGAGAACGCUCUAAGGAAAGCUGGUCUGCACAACUCCGACUAUGCCAGGCAUGUCAUGUCGAACGUUGCCCCUCCUACAGUCCCACGGAAAGAUGCAGUAUCGACUUUAUUCAAACAAAGUUGAACAGCAUGAAAGCGUCAUUGGGUUCUGAAGCUGUUUGGAUCUACUUGUAUCAUGGUCACAGAAAGGCAGCAGACUUUGUUUAAAGAUAGAAGAAGAGGUGAUAUAAUUUAACCUUAUGCUACAAAGUAUACUGAGGUCGCCUUGCUUGAAAGAUGAAGCUUUCUCUUCCAAAAAACAUUCACCUCCUCAAGUGAACAUUCAAACAAUGACUUAUGAAGCACAAAUGCUUAUUUUUUAUGUAAAUACUUGCUUACGGUUGUAAAAAGAAUUUAAAGGCACAGAUUAAUAAAACAUCAGAAUUGAAUGAAUCUUGGAUGAUUUGCUUUGCUUCCUCUGGUUGUGCAGAAAUGCCAUCAGCUGGCUGGUGAUGCAUAUUUUCUACAUAAUUCAGCUUCUGUAGAGGCAAUAAAUUACAUAAUUUCAAGGUUGCCAAGUUUUCAAAAAUAAUACCUGUGAGAUUUCACGAGCGCAGCUAGUGAGCAAUGGAACUGGGGUCCAGGGUUGGGUGCAUAAGAAUUCUGAAUUUCAGUAGAUCUGGAGUGUUCAAAUGGCUUAAAACUAGACCAUUCAGAAUACCUAAACAUUUUUUUAUUUCACAUUUGAAACAUCCCAGAAAAACACAGAGAACAGGCUUUUAAACGUAAGAAUAAACAAUCAAAGCAAUGAACAAUAAUAAUGUAUAAUGAAUUGACAAGAAUGUGCACUUGUAAAAGGGACCACAAGUCUAAAGUUUUGACUAUGAUGAAUGGAGGGUAUUAUAUUUUGUGGUUGCUUUUUUCCCCUCACUCUUAAGUUUCAUAUCAGGUGCAAACUCAUAUGCCUCGGUUCGGUCCAAUUUUCUGUUGUCACCUUUGUUAGUCACUCAAGCAGUAAUCAUCAGAAGGUCGGGGAAUGUAAGCCAACGACAAUCAAUGAUCACAGACUUAUUAUUAGACUGAUACAUUUAAAGCAUUUGACAAUCAUUCGCGCAACAGGUCUGGGCAAGUGAUUGUCAUAAACAAUGUAGUGGAAUGAAAUGUGUUCAGCAACCACUCAGGCGUUUGAUCUGAAUUGAAAGAAGAAUGAGACCCAGCAAGAAAUCUGUGAGAAAAGUAACUCCCGUUGUGAGACUUUGAGAAAAGGCGAAUAUCCAUGAGUAACACGGCCAAACCGUAAGACUUGGCAACCUUGUAAUUUUUAUGACAUCAAAACUUGUAGAAAGCAUUGAUAACAAUUUGUUUUUUGGCUGAGCAAAUAUUCAAAUGUUUUGAUUAAUAACAGCAAUGAUCUGUGCUUUUUUCAUACAGUGAACUAUGACAUGUUUUUAAAACUAUUAACAGAAUGAUGUUUUUAAAUUUCUGUCUUGAUAAAGACACCAUCUGGAGAUAUGUCUUCGUAAAAGAUUUGAAUUAAAAACUACAUGAAGUAAUUCGAAACCUGAAUUUAAAGCAAUUUCAUUGACAAGCAUUGCUAAUAAUACGGGUAUCGGAUAAAAUUUGACUUCAGUAGAUAUUUUGUUAGCCAAAAAGAAGAAAAAUUUUCACUGCAACAAUAAAAGAUAUAAGGUUGGUUUGGUUGUUCUAUCAAAAUACACUUGGGGCUGAAAACAUGCAU